GGUUAGCAAUAAUUGCGUAAACCGUAUAAACAAUGGCUCAAAACGCGAUCAUGUCUUUGAUCCCAAUCGAUGACCACAUUAUCGAUGAUAUACUCGAUGUGGACGUCGAGGACAUCGAGUACUUCGACGCCAUCGACGACAUCGACGACGAUAUCGGCGAAGACAUCGAUGACAUCGCGGACAUCGCCGCCGCAGACACUGGUCAUCGGCUCAACGAUUUGCUCGACUUCACCACCGAUGACGACCACCACGUGAUGGCAGACAAUAGACAAUGCAAUCCCAUUGAGUGUCAGCUGAAUAUGGAUUUGAUUAACAAAUACUUUAAGCCAAACGAUAUUUCAACCGUUUUGGACAUCAUUGACAGCCACGAGACCACCGAUGAUCAUGUGUUGAACGCCACCGAAACCAAUGAUAAUCACUUAAACACCAGUAAUGGUAGUAAUGGUAACGUAAAUAACGUUAAUUUGAGCCGCAAAUCGGCCGCGAAGUCCAAGAAACGGAAGACAAUGCCCGACAGACCGGGCAAACAGUUGCGCUAUUUGUUCCAGAAGUUUGGCCUUCGAGUGCUGUCCAAUCCGAACACGAAUGGCGCCAAUGGAUCCGCUGUUAACGCCGGGGCCGACAGGAUCUGCACCCGUAGUGCCACCAAAUCGGAUGUGAAUCGGACGGAAGAGUCACGCAGUGCUGGGCCGUCAAAAGUGGUCAGAGCUGCUGAUGACACGACAGGUGCCGCCGCCGAAGACAAUCCGCCGAUUUUCAAGAUAUACAAUAAGAGUUGUGCCAAAACGGGUGAUAAUCGGCCGACAAAUGGCAACAAAGUGUAUAUAAGAUGUCACAGCUGUCGACAAAGUCACCGAAAGUGUUCCCAUUUAACGGCGGUAACGAACGGCGCGUUCCAGACAAAGAUCAGGCCUUUUCCGAGGGCUAAAUUGGAUCAAUAUCUCAAAGCCCGGCGAAUGGCCGUCACUGCGGCCGCCGCUGAGCCCGCAAUGCCUGACACAUCCAACGCAGUGACAGUGCGGAAGACAUCGUCGGCCAAUAGUUGCUCGCAAUUGCGUCCAAAUAAACCAAACAAUCGGAGUCUUUUGGCGGACAACAAAAGCGGUCACAAACAGUACAUUAGACGACCAAAUACUGGCCUCAAGACGAAGACAUUGGUCGCGAAGGCAAUCAGUCAUAGCGUCGCCGCAAUGCGGUCACCAAAACGUGUGCCACAAUCGCCAAAAGUGUCGCCAAAAACCACAGUAUCUACGGAUGAGUCGUCGUCACCGCCGAACCCGAGACCCAGUCCUAAGAGAUCGUCCAUUGCUUCCACUUCUAUUUCCAAUGACGGCCGAGAAGUGAAAGUGAAGCCCAGGAAAGUGUGGACCGAACGGGAAAUGAAAACACUGUUGUCAGCGGUGGACGUGCGUCGGGUGACCGUAUUCAAGGACACAGACUGUCACGUCUAUGUCACCAACACUUGGGACUCAGGUGUGGGGCUCAGUGUCGGCCCGAUUGCCACCAAAGUGGUCGCGAGGAGACGCCGUUGUGAGCGUAUAUCCUUUAGGGUUAUUCCGGCGAAACUGAAAUUCCUUUCACUCGAGAGAAUCCCAUCGCACUUCUAUUGA